ACUGAAAUUGUUUGGGGUGUCGUUUCUGCUCGCGUCAUCGCAACGACUGACAACGUCGGAUUUGUAACUGGAAUGAUGCUGUAUACUUAUAUAACAGCUAUUGUAAGGCUGACCCUGGGAUCCAUGAGCUGGGAAAUGCGAGUAUUAGAAAUAAAUAUGUACUAUUAACCGUUAAUGCGAAGAAAAUUGUGAAGUUUCAUUUCAUGUAUAAUACUUUUUGAAAGUUUAUCUGCUUUGUUGUUUAUCUAUCAAACGAUUGUCAAUUAUAAAAUUUGCGACGUUUCAUUUUAAUAAUUAAUAAAAGAUGAGUUCUUUUGCGGAUCUUUCAAAGCAAGUUAAUUUAAUCGAUGAAUUAAUAUUGGCUGAAAUGAUUUGUGGUAAGAAGGACUAUUAUGAAGAGUCAAUAGAGUUUAGUAAACAUCUCCUUAUUUCGAAGUAUUGGUUUCUAAGGAUAUCGUGGAAGAAUAAGAGGCGGUUCUUGUUAAUGCUUGUAAAAGAUGUAAAGAGUAUCUGGACGCUAUCUUUGUUCUUGAAAUCAAUCUGGAAUUGUAGACCUAAAGAUGCUGUUUCUUCAAUCUGUAGCAAAGAAGUAUGGAGCAGCUAUGAUCAAGUCCCAAUGGACAACAAUAGAACAGCAUUACCAGUAAAAUUGGUAGAAGAUGCCAUGAUAAACGAACAAAAUUGGUUUUCGAGACUUGAACCCGCCCAGCAAGCUCUCGUACUGUCGGAACUUUUGACAGUAGCUGGAGGUCCAAUAAUCUGGGAGAUUCUUAGAACAGCACAGAUGAUAUAUGAAAAGCAUAGAGAUAAACAGCUUGAGGAAAUUAUCGAAUACGCUGUAGUUAAUGAACCGGAGAAAGCAAAACCAGUUGUUGAACAGCCUAAGAAAGAUACUCCGCGCGGGAAGGGAUCCUUUUCCCAAGGGCAAGAGAAUAGACAAACACUUCUUCCCGGACAAGCCCAAAAAGAAUUGGAAACAGCCUUAGCCAAUUGGAACUUUACAAUAAAAGCUAUUCGCGAUAGUUUUAAAUUGGAAGAAUUAGAAAUAACCUUCAAAGACGACACAAAAAGGACAGUUUGGAAGGUGAACCGACCUAAGCCUGAAAACAUCGAAACUGUUGAUUUUUUGCAGCUAUUGCCGUCAAUCAUAGCCAAACGAAUCCUCUUAUAUAUUCCACAAACGCAGUAUGGAGAUUUAUCUCGAGUGAACAAGUAUUGGUCAUUUCUCAUAGAUGAGAUAAAAGCGGAAACGCAGGCAAGACAGAAGAUUAACAUGGAUAUAGAAAAAUUAAAGGAUAUAAUUCUUCGACACGAUCACGAAUUGGAUAUGGUGGAAACCCUAGGCUCAUCGUUGAGUACUUCUGCAUUGACUUCACACACGAAGCCAACAAGCGUUACUAAUUCACCUCCGGUACAAAAUAAGAGAGGAAAACCGAGAAAAACCGUUGGUACGUUCAAGCCAAUAAAGAAAUUAUCAGAUCUACACAAAAGAUUAGACCAACGCGGGGCAGCUGACGAGAAUAUAUGGAAAUGGUGUUCUAACAUUCUAAAGUUAUAUAAGGAAGACCUUAUUCAAAAAGACAAUGAGGGUAUAUUACCAUUGGCAAACUUGAACUUUCCGUGUCCUCUUAUGACCUAUAACAUUAAAAUACCAUUAGAAUAUCCUCUUAUUUCGGAUCCUACAUUGAAUCUCACUCCAAAGGAUUUAGAGAAGAAACGGUACAGUAGAUGGAACAAGGAUCUAUCUUUUCUCUAUCCAGUCACCAAAGUACCCUCGUAUAUUUUCCCAACAAAUUUUAAUUAAAUGUUUAAACUUUUUUCGCUCAAUAUUCGAAUGGCACACAAUUAUCGCGAUAAAUUGUCCACGAAACGAAUAUCAUUUUACUUAUUACAAAAUUUUAUUUUAAUA